AGGGGAUACCGGCAGCGGGUGUAAGUGCCAUACCGGCACCCCAACGCCCAGUACACGGUGCGACGCCGUCAGCCUCCUUGCCGGCCCCGUUAGCCGCCCCCGGCGGGGUUCCCGCCUCGCUCCAGCGCUCCCGGGGGACCGGAGAGGCCGCGGGACGGACGGACCCCCCCGGGGGGCGCUGCGCACCCCGCGCUGGCCGGAGGGCCGGGGGCGGGCCGGGCCGAGGGGCUGUCCCGGGGGAACCGGGGCCGGCCCAGGGGCGCUGCCGGGGGCGGGGCGGUGCUGCCUGCCCCGGGGGCCGUGGGGUGCCCGGUGGCGGCUCCGCCAGCGGAGCCGUCCCAGCGGGCGGCGGAGGCAGCACCGACCGCCCCCGGCCCGGCCAUGUCGGAGCCCGGCGCCUCCGCGGCCGGUGAUAAAGCGCCCCGGCUCCAGGACCGUGUCCUUCGUGGGCUGCGCUGGGGCCGCCUCCAGGAGCCCCUGGGCUUUAUCAAGGUGCUGGAAUGGCUCUUUGCCAUCUUCGCCUUCGGCUCCUGCGGCUCCUUCAGCGGCGAGACCGGAGCCACAGUGAAAUGUGGCAGCGAAGGGAUGACAGCCAUCAACAUCCAGUUCGGGUACCCCUUCAGGUUAUACCAGGUUCCCUUUGGGAUGCCGAAAUGUGAGGAUGAAUCAGAAGCCCGCACCCUGUACCUCGUUGGUGAUUUCUCCGCUCCCGCCGAGUUUUUCGUGACCCUGGGGGUCUUCUCCUUCCUCUACUCCAUGGCUGCUCUGGUGCUCUACCUCCGCUUCCAUUCCCUGUACACCGAAAACACCAAGCUGCCCUUCACAGAUUUCUGCGUCACCGUCUGCUUUGCCUUCUUCUGGCUGGUGGCGGCGGCGGCGUGGGGCAAGGGGCUGAGCGACGUGAAGGCAGCCACGCGCCCCUCCACCCUCAUCGCCGCCAUGCCCGUCUGCCAGGGCGAGGACGUGGUCUGCAAAGCCGGCACCACGCCGGCCAUGGGGCUGGCCAACAUCUCGGUGCUCUUCGGGUUCCUCAACUUCCUGCUGUGGGCCGGGAACUGCUGGUUCGUGCUGCGGGAGACGCCGUGGCUGCGGCCGCCCGAGCCCCGCGACAGCGCGGCCGAGCAGGGCGCCAUCGACAAGCAGUAGCCCCCAUCGACGAGCAGUAGCCCCCCGGGGCCCGAGCCAGCCCGGGGAGCCCGCCCGGCCCCCGGGACCUCGCGCCGGCCGCCAGCCCGGGGACGGGGUGUCGCUGUCCCCGGGCUUGGAGCCGCCGGGGGUUCGGAUGCUGAAGGGGGACGCGGAACCCCGGGGGUCCCGUUUGGUGUCGGGGGCUCUUUGUGUCACCCCGCGGGGUCCGUGUCUGUAUGGGGCGCAUAAAGUCCUGGGUACCAGCUCUGGA